GGCGGGGUUCCUGGUUUCGGGGUGUCCCCCCAGCGCUCCCCACCAUGUGGGUGUCGGCGGGGGGAGGGAGAGGCGCUGGGGGGCCCCCAAUCAGGGAGGAGGCGCAGAGCCCCGGGAGGGCGGCGGGAGGGAUCCUGCCCCCCCCCAUACACACACCCACACCCACACCGGGGGGGCUGGGAGGAGCCCGGGCUCGGAUCGCGAGAGCUGCGAGCCCGGCCCCGCUCAGAGCUUCCCAGCCAUGGAGCCGAGCCCGGCCGCCCUCCUGCCCCUGGCCGCGCUGCUCCUGGGGGCCGCCGGGACAAGCCCCCGCGACCGGCCCCCGCUCAACCCGGAUAACCUGCUGCUCAUCACGGCUGCCACGGAGCAGACGGAGGGAUACGAGCGAUUCCUGCGCACCGCCCGCUACUUCAACUACACCGUCAAGACCCUGGGCCUGGGCGAGGAAUGGCGCGGGGGGGAUGUGGCCCGCACGGUGGGGGGCGGGCAGAAGGUGCGCUGGCUGAAGGAGGAGAUGGCGAAACACGCAGAACAUGAGGAGCUCGUCGUCAUGUUUGUCGACAGUUACGACGUGCUGCUGGCCGGCGGCCCCGUGGAGCUGCUGCGGAAGUUCCUGGCCUUCGACAGCCGGGUCGUGUUCUCGGCAGAGGGCUUCUGCUGGCCCGAGUGGGGCCUGGCCGAGCGCUACCCCCCUGUCAGCACCGGCAAGCGCUUCCUCAACUCCGGCGGUUUCAUCGGCUUCGCUCCGACCAUCCACGGCGUGGUCCAGCUCUGGAAAUACCAGGACGACGACGACGACCAGCUGUUCUACACCCGCAUCUACCUGGACCCCGGCCUGCGGGAAAAGUUUGGGCUGGCGCUCGACCACAAGUCGAAAAUCUUCCAGAACCUCAAUGGGGCCAUUGACGAGGUGGUGCUGAAGUUCGAGAGGAGCCGGGUCCGUGCCCGGAACGUGGCCUACGACACCCUCCCUGUCGUCAUCCAUGGCAAUGGGCCCACCAAGCUGCAGCUCAACUACCUGGGGAACUACAUCCCGAACCGCUGGACCUACGAGGGGGGCUGCGGGGGCUGCGAUCAGGGGCUGCUCGACCUCUCGGGGACCCCGGAGGAGGCGCUGCCCCGGGUGCUGGUGGGGGUGUUCGUGGAGCAGCCGACCCCCUUCCUGCCCCAGUUCCUGCAACGCCUGCUGGGCUGGGCCUAUCCCUACGCCCGCCUCAGCCUCUUCCUGCACAACCGCGAGGUGUUUCACGAGCCCCACGUGCAGGGGGCCUGGGAGCGGCUGCGUGGGGCCUUUGCCAGCGUCAGGCUGGUGGGGCCGGAGGAAGAGCUGAGCCAGGGCGAGGCCCGGGACAUGGCCAUGGACAUCUGCCGGCAGGACCCCGACUGCGACUAUUACUUCAGCCUGGACGCCGACGUCGCCCUGACCAACCCAGGGACCCUGCGCGCCCUGAUCCGCCAGAACCAGAAGGUCAUAGCCCCCAUGGUGUCACGCCCGGGCAAGCUCUGGUCGAAUUUCUGGGGGGCGCUGAGCCCUGAGGGCUACUACGCCCGCGCUGAGGACUACGUCGAGCUGGUGCAGGGCAAGCGCACCGGAGUGUGGAAUGUGCCCUACAUCAGCCAGGCCUACCUGGUGCGCGGGGAGACGCUGCGCUCGGAGCUGCACGACCGGAGCGUCUUCACCCUGGAGGAGACCGACCCCGACAUGGCCUUCUGCAAGAACGUCCGCGAGAGGGGGAUUUUUCUGCACAUCACGAACCUGGAGGAGUUCGGGCACCUGCUCUCCACGGCCAAUUACAACACGUCCCACCUGCACCCUGACCUCUGGCAGAUCACGGAGAACCCGCUGGUGAGUGACUCCGCCCCCUGCCUGCACCCCGACCUCUGGCAGAUCAUGGAGAACCCCCUGGACUGGCAGGAGAAAUACAUCCACAAGAACUACUCCCGGGUGCUGGACGGGGAGCUGGUGGAACAGCCCUGCCCUGACGUCUACUGGUUCCCCAUCCUGUCAGAGGUGGCCUGCGACGAGCUGGUGGAGGAAGUGGAGCAUUAUGGGAUAUGGUCCGGCGGGCAGCACAAGGACGCCCGCCUGGCCGGGGGCUACGAGAACGUGCCAACGGACGACAUCCACAUGCGGCAGAUCGGGCUGGAGAGCGAGUGGCUGCGGUUCCUGCGGGAAUUCAUCGCGCCCAUCACCGAGACGCUCUACCCCGGCUACUACACCAAGGUACCGGCCUGGGGGGGGGGUCCGGGCUCGCUAGGGGGCUCGUACCCCCCUCCCGAGAUGCUCUACCCCGGCUACUACACCAAGGCCCGGGCCCUGCUGAAUUUCGUGGUUCGGUAUCGGCCGGAACAGCAGCCGGCGCUGAGACCCCACCACGACUCGUCCACCUUCACCAUCAACAUCGCGCUCAACAACAAGGGCAGCGACUACGAGGGCGGUGGCUGCCGGUUCCUGCGCUACUCCUGCUCCGUGACUGCCCCGCGGAAGGGCUGGAGCCUGAUGCACCCGGGGCGCCUGACCCACUUCCACGAGGGGCUGCCCACCACCCGCGGGACCCGCUACAUCAUGGUCUCCUUCGUCGACCCCUAGCCCCGGCUGUGGCCCCCCCCCCCACGGGGUCCCAGCCUCGGCCCUCGGGCUCCCCCACCCCUCAGGCCAGGGGGCAACGGGGGGACGGCCCCCCCAUGGGGCAGGGGCUGCGCCCUGGGGGCCGGGAGGGGGGCCAGUGGUGCUGGGGGGGGACGUGGCUGCUGUGUAUAAAACGUGUUAAAUUAUUGGGGUUCCUCCCCCCAUAAAUGUGUAUUUUUAA